AUGAAUUGGUCAAAAAAUACCUGGUGUGGCUUGGGCGGGCCUUGGCGGCGGAGAAUCUCGACGAGGGGGAUUACAAAGGCUAGGGUUUUCCCCGAGCCGGUGGCGGCGUCCACAGCAACGUCCUUGAAGUUGCAUAGCAAGGGGGUGCAGAACUCGAAACGGGACAAGGUUAGUGCUUCGAGAACAGCUUCCGAGAGUGGAGGGUCUAAGUCGGAGAAUCUGGUGGUUGUCAGCGCUUUGUUUGGGUUUUCGUCCUCAGCCGCCAUGAUGUUUUACAGUAAAACAAAGAAUAAACGAAAAGGCAAAGAAGCUUAA